AUGGAAAUAGAAGAGGCAACAAAAACAGAAAUUUCCCGCCAAAUAACACCUGAAUCUGAUGCACAAGAGGAGACUGAACUUCAUAUAUUUACAGACGCCAGUCAACAAGCAUAUGGCGCGUGUGCCUAUUUAGUCAAAGGGAACACGUUUUGUCUAAUCAUUACAAAAUACAGAGUCGCUCCGGUAAAAACUAUAACUUUGCCAUGUUUGGAAUUAAUGGGUGCGCUGAUUGGCGCCAGAUUAGCAAACUAUUUAGUAGGAUUUAUUGACAUAAACAAGAAAUAUUUUUGGAGUGACAGUCAAAUAGUGUUGAGUUGGAUAUCGUCAACAAAAACGUUACCUACAUUUGUGUCUAAUCGUCUCAAAGAAAUUCGAAAAUUGGCCGCAAACAGUGAUUGGAGAUAUUGCCCAACAGACCAAAACCCAGCAGAUUAUCUUACCCGCGGAAUUACGGCAAAACAGCUCAUGAAUAGUGCACUUUGGAUAAAGGGACCAAAAUGGAUCGCCAACAAGACAGAAUGGCCAAGCUGGACAAGAAAUGUGGAAAACUGUAACACAUUUUCAACAAUUACAGAGGAAUAUAUGGACGCUGAGAUACAUGUACCAAUGAAAAAUAUGGCUCGUUAA